AUCCCAACUAAUCAUUCCUAAAGUAUAAUUAGCGGUAAUCAAGCAUAAAUUUCCUCACCGCUCUCCUCCCAAUCUCUCUCGUAUAUAUCUACUGCAAGAAUUCCCCAUGUUCGAUGCCGAAGCCCGCACUCGAAGGCGGACGGAUCGGCGAGUCCCGUGGAAACCCUAAUCCCCAACCCUAGCCCUGGAAAUCCACCGACGACAGCACGAACACCCCGAAGAUCCCCCGCCAGUGAUCGCUUCGGCUCGAUCCCUUCUCCGAAUCCAAGAAAAGAUCCUCCUUCCUCCUUGAAUAUUCGCGGAGUUCUUUGUAGACCAAAGUUGGAUUUCUUGGUGUCCGAAGCGCAUUAGCGAAGGUCGGAUCUGUAAAAGGUUUCCAUUUUGGGGAGAAAGCUAUCUUGGUUCUAGAUUUGAGGAGAUUCUGCGGGAUUUGCAUGGUUGCACUUGUUCUUGGGCUUGGAUCGCCGAUUCCAACAAGUAGAACUGGUGGGGUUGUUCCGAGCUGGCUUUGAAUCGGUUCGGGAUCUUGAAUUCUGGUUGAAGUCGACCGGGGGAUGUAGAUCUUCUCUUUUUGUUAGGUUUGGAUCCAUGGCAUUGGAUGGAAAGGGCGGAAUUGUAGGGUUUUGAGUCGUUGUUCUUUUUCGUCCUUUUUUGGGUGGUUCUUUUGAUCAUUGUACGUUGGAUGAGACGGAUUUUGAAGGGAGCGGGGAGAUGAGGGGGAGGUCCGUGGUGCGGGAGGGACAAUGACUGGAGGGUCAUUGGGUCUUCGAAACUCGGGGAGUUAUGGAUCAUUGCAAUCGCAGCUGCACAACGGUGCCACAUUGCCGAUUCAGUCAACAUCUUGCUCCGUCUCCGUCCGCAAGCCGCCGAAGAUGCUCCUUCAGAGCUCGAGAGAGAAGGAGAGGUUCCUGCCAUGGAUCUGCAAACUCGCCGGCAGAAGGAAGAUUGGGAUGCUGCUUUUGCUCGUCGCUUCAGCUGCAGUCGUUCUGUCGUUCAUCUCUGCUAUGAGUAAAGAUGAAGAUGCAUCAGAAGGUCUUCAAACUAACUUGGGCUCUUCAUAUCAUGUUCGCGGUCUUAAAAGAACUGGUGGGACAGCAUUGCGUAAUUUCACACCUCCAUUCACUCCUGUAAAAGAGAAUAAUACAGAGAUAACAGCAAUUCCAAACCAACAGUCUGCAAGUGGUGAUAGUGAAACCCAGCCUCCUGUUCCAGUACUUCCUCGGAGAACAAUUUUUAUACACCAUCCUUGUGAAAAUUUCUCCUUUUCCCCCCCACCAACUGAUAGGAAACGCACUGGCCCACGACCAUGUCCUGUGUGCUAUAUCCCUGUAGAGCAGGCCAUGACCUUUAUGCCAGCUUCCCCAUCAGUAUCACCUGUCCUUAAGAACUUAACUUAUGUUUCUGAAGAAACUUUAACAGUGAAUAAGACAAAUGGAGGUUCUAUAUUUGGAGGACAUCCAUCUCUGCAGCAGAGAAAUGAAUCUUUUGAUAUUAGAGAGUCGAUGAUUGUGCAUUGUGGAUUUGUUCGAGGAAAGAAACCAGGUCAAGGGACUGGGUUUGACAUAGAUGAUGCAGAUCUUCUUGAGAUGGAGCAAUGCCGUGGCGUCGUCGUUGCCUCUGCUAUUUUUGGAAAUUAUGAUGUAAUGCAACAACCAAGAAACAUUAGUGAAUAUGCAAAGAGAAAUGCAUGCUUUUAUAUGUUUGUGGACAAGGAAACAGAAUACUACAUAAAGAACACCACUAACCUGGACAGCAUUCAGAGAGUUGGGUUAUGGAGAGUGGUGGUAGUUCGAAACCUUCCUUAUGUCGAUGCAAGGCGUAAUGGAAAGGUUCCGAAACUACUGCUUCAUAGACUUUUCCCUAAUGCACGGUUUUCUCUUUGGAUUGAUGGAAAACUCGAGCUUGUUGUGGAUCCCUAUCAAAUUCUUGAGAGAUUUUUGUGGCGGAAGAAUGCCACUUUUGCAAUCUCCAGGCACUACAGACGGUUUGAUGUUUUUGAGGAAGCAGAGGCUAAUAAAGCUGCGGGAAAGUAUGAUAAUGCCUCAAUUGAUUUCCAAGUUGAGUUUUAUAUGAGGGAGGGUUUGAUGCAUUAUUCCCCAGCUAAGCUUCCUAUUACAAGCGAUGUCCCUGAAGGCUGUGUGAUCAUCAGAGAACAUAUUCCAAUCACCAAUCUCUUCACCUGUCUGUGGUUUAAUGAAGUUGAUCGUUUUACCUCUAGAGACCAACUAAGUUUCAGUACCGUAAGGGACAAAAUUAUGUCUAAAGUAAACUGGGGUAUCAACAUGUUUAUGGACUGUGAAAGGCGCAACUUUGUUGUUCAGGCAUACCACAGAGACUUGCUAGAACAAAGACUAGCUUCUUUAAGCCGUCAACCGGCCCUUGUGGUGAUUCAUGAAUCACCUGGAAAUUCAAUUCCACGUAAUGUUCUUGCUGGGCUUGCGAAAAUUCCUCCAUCCAGGAAACUGCCCAUGAGGCGUGGGAGGGACAGGAGAUCAGGUUCAAGGCGUCACCGCCUGAGAGGUGCAACAGUGAGAGAGAACAACUUAAUCUAAAUUGUGUCAAUUUUUUCCCCGAGUUCCAACAUUAUUCAUUGCAGGGACACAGUAUUUGGACAAUUGCUUAGUAACAGGCUCUAUUCAUGGAGAACAAAAGGCCCUAUUUUUUGUCAGAAAUUAUUGAUAGGCAUUCAUUUUUGUUGUAAAUAAAUAAUUUAAAAUAAAUUGCAUUCGAGCUGCUAGUGCUUUCCCCGAAGAA